CCUGGGGCUCAGGCAGAGCUGUUGGGAGAGGCGGGAGGGAGGCGGUGGGAGGGACCGGGGAGGGGAGAGAGGAUGAUGCUCCGGGGGCUCUCGGCUCCUCUCCUGCCCGGAGAUCGCGGGGUUCGACUGGAGGAUGUCUCACCCCUUCGGCACAGGUGUCACUGCUGGGAGAAAGCCUGUGCCAUUGCCCGCUGCGGAGAGCUCAGAGCAUGUUGCUGAGGGGCAGCCCCCGGCGGUUUCUGGAGCACCAUCUUCUCUUUGUGGAGAACGCAGAGCAGCAGUACCCAGCUCAGGAGUCGCUCCCAAAUCCAUUCAUGACUGAGGAACCCUCCGUCCCUGCCGAGCCAGACCUGCCUUCUUCCAACCACACCAACGCGACAGACUGUGGCGAGGAGAUCCUGCUCUAUGGGGACACUGAGAAGAUCGUCAUUGGAGUGGUGCUCUCCAUCAUCAUCCUCAUGACCAUCGCAGGCAACGGUCUGGUCAUCAUCUCUGUCUGCAUUGUCAAGAAGCUCCGGCAGCCAUCCAACUACCUGGUGGUGUCCCUCGCCGCCGCUGACCUUUCGGUGGCCUUCGCUGUCAUGCCCUUUGUGACCAUCACGGACCUGGUGGGGGGAGAGUGGCUCUUUGGGAAGGUGUUUUGCAACGUGUUCAUCGCCAUGGAUGUCAUGUGCUGCACUGCCUCCAUCAUGACACUGUGCAUCAUCAGCGUGGACAGGUAA